GGGGGACAAAUCAGCCAGCGACGAGAUCGUCGCCGGGCCUGUUGUUGCCUCUACCACACAUGUCCCCUCCUCUCCAUCUCUCCUCCCUAUUGUCCGUCGUGCACAUUUCCCUGCACAUUUACCACCAUGGUUUCGGCUUGGCUCAUGAGUGAUAUCGCCCCCGGCGGUGACCCCCGACUCGCCCAUGUGUCGGCCCCUCUGCCCGAGGCGCAAGCCUUUUUGAAGGACAUCGGCGUGCUAUACUGGCGUCUGGCGCCCAUUCGGCCGGAGGGCGAUCUCUCCGAUGUCCCGGAGUCCGAGUACCUGGCCCAGCUUGAUGCGGUGGCCUCGGAGCGGGGCUAUAAGAACCGCGACCAGGUGGAGAUCUCCCCCACCAAGAUGCCCAACUAUGAGACUCUUUGUGGGGUGUUCUUCCAAGAGCAUUUGCACGAUGAUGAAGAGAUCCGCUUCUGUGCCGGGGGGUCGGGCUACUUCGACGUGCGUGACCGUGCGGACCGCUGGAUCCGCAUUGCAGUCACCCCCGGUGACCUGCUGGUGCUUCCGGCCGGCAUCUACCAUCGGUUCUCGCCCGAUGAGAAAAACUACAUCAAGGCUAUUCGCCUCUUCCAGGACGCUCCCCGGUGGGAAGCGCACGCCCGAACGGUGAACAAUGUCAGCUCGGCAGCCGCGGCCUCUGUCCAGCCAGCUGGUGACCUGCGCCCGGCCCGGGCUGACUACCUGACGGCCCUGAACACCAGCCCUGGCCAUGCGUGAUGGUGGUAGCAGCUAGAUGCCCAUGCCGGGGGGAGGGCCUAUGGCCAUGCGUGUUUGUGCAUUGACAUGCCUGUGUGCACAUCCUCUGCCAAGAUAAAUAAACAGCCGAACAAGGGAAACCCCA